ACUAUUUGGAUACAUAAAUUUUAUUAUGCGAUCGCUAUCUUCAAAUGCCAUUUUUGUAUAGGCUGUCAUUUAAAUCCCUUUGAGCAACAGAUUUGUUAUUUCUAGUGUUAUUCUUUUUUUUUAUUCCUCUGGUUUUCUAAAAUCUUAGUUUCUAUAUACUUAUAUCUUUCUUCACUGCAUACUUAAUUCUCAUAAAAAAUUUCACUCUACUCAGUUAUAACAUUUUGUCACUGGCUUUCCCUAAUUUAUUUCCAGAGUGAUGGCAUAUUACCUGUACCAACCAGAUGGCAUUUAAAAGGCUUGUUGUACAUCGUUUGAUUAAGCAGGGACAAGUUUAUUUUUGUGUAUUAGAAAUAUAUCCAGUUAUCGAUUGACAUUUCCUCUGUGGUUUUUACCAAAUUAAGUUAGUAUCAUACAACUGUAAGUAGCUGUCUCCCCUGGGGCUAGGUCUGGACUUCUCAUCAGCUCUAGGAAGCUAGUAGCAGAAAUAACUCUUCAUUCACCUGCCAACAUCUUUGAAGCUCUUCUUCACCACUGGGAUAAAGAAAUCAUCUAAAAGGCUCCAUAAUGUCAAAUUCUUCAGACUGUGAACAACAUCCAGAAAACACAGAGCAGACAGAGACCAUCCCUAUUGCGGACCUGGAACCAUCUCUUGCCCUCCCCCCUCCUCCUCCUGAGGAUGAAUGGCGCCCAAUUCCUGAACACACCAACGUGGAUGCUUCUCGUUUUCCCUUUUCUCUGUAUGGAAUAAUUCCUGUGAUCCUGGGAAUCUUCAGCCUGCUGCUUUUGAUGUUAUGUGGAUUCUUUGGUUAUCAGUACUUUCAAAGUGUUCAGGAAUCACAGAGUAAGAUGAAGAGCUUUAACCAAUGGAAUGAGUCUUUCCAAAACAAAGAUGAAAACUUUCUUCAGGUCCAGAAAGCUCUUGACCAAAAUAAAGAAAUCCUAGAGUGGAUCCUAAACCAGAAUGAGUAUCUCACCGAGGCUUUACGAGAACUAAAUGCCAAACAAGGAGACAGGUGUGGACCUCCCCUGAGUCACUGGGUAAAAUACAGAAACCACUGCUACCACCAAACUCUGAAAAUGGUUUCUUGGUCAGAGUGUUCUGAUCUUUGUGUCUCUUUGAAUGCAACAUUCUUAAAUAUGGAAAGGCAUAGAUUGAUGAACAUCAUGAGGCAACUUGCAGUAAAUCACACUUGGCUUGGCCUAUCUUAUCACGAAGAGGACAAUCAAUGGAAGUGGAAGGAUGGCUCCCUUCCUUCUCUUGGCCUGAGUCUACCAGAGCCAAGCACGGAUUUCCAGGGGAAAUGUGUGUAUGCAAAUAUGUACAGUGUUGGUACUGAUAACUGUACCACAUCCUUUUCCUGCAUGUGUGAGAAGCCUGUCUGCUAAAAACUCAGAAGAAGAAGGUCGAAAGAAAAGCUAAGAAGUUUGCACAUCCCAACAACAUUCCAGAUUUGUGAUCUGACCUCCUUUAUUCCAUUAUCGCUUCACGUUAUUCAAACUCUUUUUGGAGCAGAAAUGGAUAAAUGCCUUCGUGAUAGAAGAAGACAGGGUCUAGAGUUAAAGAACUGUAAGUGUAGCAUAAAAAACUUAGAAACUCAAAACCUGUUUGAUUUUCUGAGAAUUAAACAGAUGAAUUAAUAAACAUAUCAUUUGAUUGUAAA